ACAAACCGUUUUUCAGCAUUCGAGUGUAUAAUUUGUGAUCGGUGUAUGGCGUUGUCUGAUUUUGUGAUCAAAUUUUCUGGAUUUCUGUGAAAAUAUUGGAUAUUCCUUGUGAUUGUGCUAUGGAGGGAGAGCAGGGGCAGCUGAAGACCCCGAAACUGGAGGUGGACGAUUACUCCUAUAAGAUACACACGCCCAACAUCACUUUUCCUAGUCUCGAGGACUCCAUUGAAUCCAAAGAGAACUACAAGAUUCUAUAUCAGAACAAAUGCAAGGAAUUGGAUGAUUUCGCGGAGUUCAAGGGCCUGGAAAUGGACAUAUACAAGGAGGAAAAGGCGCGACUGGACUAUUUGGAGCAGGAAAAUGAGAGUCUGAAGACCCAAGUGACUGAGAUUUGCGCCAUGCGGUCGGAGGUGGAGGCGAUGAGACGGGAGGUGAAUGAGAAGGGGGCGGAGGUGGUGAGAUCGCAGAGAGAGAAGGCAGACACGGAGAGUCGCGUGGCUGGGAUUGAGAUGCAAUUCGAGCAAUACAAGAGCAAGAUGACUGGCCGAGAGAAGGAGCUGCUGAUGAUCAUCGAGAGCAACGGCGAUUUGACGGUCAUGAAGGAGUCUCUGGCGAAGAUGAAGACGGAGAACGAUCGUUUGCGGAUGGAAGUUGAGCAGGAGAAGAUGGCCAGGGAGGAGGAGAUCGCUGGCAGAGAGAGGAUGAUUGAGAAUUUGCGAGAUGAGAUCAAUCAGAGCGAGAAGGCGAGACAUGAGAGUGAGAAGACACUCCUGAACAAGAUUGAAAUGGUCGAGCAGAGCGAUGAUCACUCGGAGAAGAUUUCCCAGUUGUAUGCGGAAGUGAACAAUAUGCGCGAUGUGAUUCUCGAGCUGCAAAGUACAAUUUCCAUUCUCGAGACGGAGAACAAGGAGCUGUCGAUUAAGAUCUCUGAGACGACAAUGAUGAAUGACGACGUGAACAGUAGCGACAGCACGAUCAAAGGGGAUAACAACAGCCUUGAGGACAUUAGUCAGUUCGACAGGAAUGAGGCUUCGCUCAUGGAAUUCGAUCAGACUCUUCUGUGUCAGCUUGUGGGCAAUGCCAAGACGGCAAGUUCUGCGAAUCAGCAGAAGAUGCGCUCAAAUUCCUUUGAGAUCCUGCAAAAUGAGCGAAAGAGCUUGGUUGAGGAGAAUGAAAAGCUCUCCGGGCAGCUGAUUGAGAGUGUCCAGGAGUCUGAUGAGUUGAAGAAGAGUUUUGAGGAGGAGCAGCGAAAAGUCGCUGAACUCCAAGAGCAACUGGACAAGGAGAAGACGAUGAAGCUGACCUACAUUGAGGAUUUGAAGGAUGCCAAGGCUUCGGUGGAGAUUCUGCAGAGGGACAAGGAUGGACUGAUGGAAGAGAAAGCUGCUCAGAAGGAGGGAUGGCGAGAGGAGAAGGCAGAAUUGGAGAAGAUGAUUAUGUAUCAUUCUGAGAAGGCGACGCGAUGUGAGGAGAAGAUCAUGGAACUCAACAUCACCAUUAAUGAUUUGGUGAUUGAGAAGGAGACACUGAAUCAGAAUCUGGAAGCGUCGCAACUCAAGUUCAACAACAAUUUGGAGCUUCACUCACAGUACGGUGAAUUGACGGAAAAAUACAAAGCUGUUGUGCUGGAGAAUACGGGCAAUGAGAAAGAGAUCGCUAAAUUGGUGGAGGAGAGGAAGAGGCAGGAUCUGAAGAUUGAUGCCAUCAUGUAUGAAUUGGAGUCGCUCAGGGAGAAGGCGACAUCGGAUGAGGACCUGAUUAAGGAGAAGGAGAGGAAGAUUAUUCAUCUGCAGCGCAGCGUUGAUAAACAAGAGGCUCUUGUGAAGUCUCUGGAGGAAGAAAUGUGCCAAUUGAAGGUCAGCAACAAUGUAGAAGAGGGAAAUUUGGGCCAUGAGCAGCAGAAAUUGAGAAAGGAGAAGGAGUGGUUGGAGGAGGAGCGAAGAAAGCUGACGCAGCGCAUUGAAGAUAUACAAGUGAAGAAUGAGGAACAGUGCAGAAUUUACAGUGGACAAAUUUUGAAUAACAGCAAGAUUAUUGACGAUUUGGUGUUGGAAAACACUGAUCUUACAGUGAAAUCUCGCGAUACUUUCGCGAUCAUUGUUCAACUGCGUAAUCAGAUCGCCGCGUUUCGUAAUGCACAUGCAGAGUUGAACUGUGACAAUAGUCAGUUGAGGAGCGACUAUGAGGAGUUGCGUGCAGCGUACGAGGAGUUGGAGAGAGAGAAGUCAUUUCUGCUGCAGGAGUGUGCCAGUGUUCGACGUGCAUCUGAGCUUAUUUUGAGCAAUCAGCAGAAAGAUCUCAAUGAGCAAAACGAACUGUCUGAGAAGUUGCGCUGGUGUGAGACUGAAGUGGUGACACUGCAGGCUCGUCUGAGGGAGCAGGAGAAUGUGAACUGUGACACGAUGAAAACGCUGGAGGAUCUGAAGAACACACACGAGACGAAAGUGGUGGAAUUGAAGGUGAAAAUCAGUGAUGAGGAGGAGAAACAGCGUCAGCUUCAAACGGAGAAAGAUCAGCUGGAUUCUGUCAAUAGAGAACUCACAUGUGUUGUUCAAGAACUGAAAUCUGUGCUUGAGCGUCUGAAGGGUGAGAUUACACAGAAUGAGAAGGAUCUCAGUGUCGCCAGGAAGUCUGAGGAGCAACUGAAGAAGGAGAUUGAACAGAUCCAGGAGAAGCAUCGCGAGGAGAUUGAGAAUGUGAAGACUGAGAAGAAGGCCAGUGAUGAGAGUGCCAACAAGGAGCAAAUUGAUCAGCUGAAAGAGAUGUUGGCGGCAAAGCUGGGAGCUCAUGAACAACUCUCCUCCAAGUGGCGCAGCGCAGAGCAGCGAAUCAAUGAGCUGGAACGCGAGAACGAGUCAAAUUGCAAUGAACUUGAGUCGCUGCGUGAGAGGAUCACUCACGUGACCGAAAUGUCGACAAAGAGUGACGAAGAGGUGGCAAUGUUGCGACUUGAGCUCGAGCAGAAGACCAAGUUGAUAAAUGGAUUGACGGAGCGUGCGAACAAAAUGCAGGAUGGUGACAGUGAACGUGUGAAGGAAGAGUUGAAGAUGAUGAAGAAGCAAAAGGAUUGUCUCACUGCGGAAUGUGAGAAACUUAAAAAGGUCGCUGAUGAGAAAACCUCUGCUGUUAACGAAUUGAUGAAGAGAAUCAGCGAUAAAUCCGUAAUUAUUGAGAGCCUCGAGAAAUGUGUGGCUAUGAACAAACAAAAUGCUCCAACUAAAGCUUCUGAUGACGAAAUUGCAUCUCUGCAGAGGGAAAAGGAAGAGAUUCUGAAGGAAACAAGAACGAUGAAAGUGUCAUUGGAGAAGAAGAUCAAGAGUCUGAAGGAUGCAAAUGAGCAUAUUGUGUUUGAGAGGGAUUCGCUGAAGAAGAAGUUGACUGUUAUCAAUGAGAAGGAUAAUGAUAUAAAGUUGCUGAAGGAGCGCAUUAAGAAGAAGGAGAAAACUAUUGAGAAACUCAAUGAUCUUGUGGCGGAAAAGGGCAAGGAGAUUGACGAGUUGAAAUUUAAGAAAAGUGAUCACUCUACGGGAUCAACGGGAAGGGAUUCAAGUCCCACUGGAUUGAGGCCGACGGCCAAUCAAAAGGAGAGACGCAAGAGUGAUCGUCAAUCGCUCUACGAUGUGAAUCGCAGUAUUAACUACAAUAUUGAGCGUGAUGUGGCGGUUAUGACAGAUCCUACAAGCGAAUCCUGCCAAUGUCAGGCAUUGGCCGAUAAGAUUUCAAAUCUGCGCAAUGAGAAUACCGUGUUGGAGUACAAAUUGUCAACGGCUGAGCGCAAUUUGGACAAGCAUCCGUUGAACAAUGACUUCAAGAUGCUGAAGCGCGACAUGACCAAGAAAGAUCUCACAAUCAGUAGCCUUACGACGGACUUGAUGCAAGUGCAGCAGGAUUUGCGCAGGGCAGAAGCGAAGAUCAAGUGUCUGGUGACUGAGAAAGCGCCUGCUGUCACACAACAAAUCUCCUCGCAGACCGAUGCUAGUCCUCAUCGUGAUUUGAUUCUGCGCUCGCAGUUGCAGGAGACGAAGAAUGAGCUCAAGCGCAUCCAGGAGAAGUGCGCUCAUCUGCACAGCGAGAAUGUGGCAAAGUGUGAGAGAAUUCGCGAAUUGGAGGAUGGCGCGACGGGUCAGAAGGAGAAUGACGCCGCGAACUUCAACACGGACAGCACAACUGAGUUGGCUGAACUUCGACAGAAGUACAACAAUCUCAAGCGCGUCUAUUUCCUGUUGCGCUACAAGAAUGGCGAAGCAUAACAUUCUUUUGGUGCACAUUCUUCACCAUAAUCCACACAUAAUGUACAAAAAUCCAUGAAUUCUGCGCGCUGAAAUAUAUUGAAGUGAUUCUUUUUC